UAAUCCAUCAACAAGUGAAAGUUCUCGAUUUUGUGAGUGUGAGUUGUGUUCUUAGUAGUUAUUACUAUUGUUAAAACAGAAAAAUUCGUCUUUUGUCGAUUGUUCUAAGAAAAAAGAAAGUAUUAAUAAAGAAUUACAGAAAGUACAGCAGUGCAGUAUCAACAGCUGAACGUUGAAACAUUGUGACUAAAGAUGGCUUGCAACCAGUCAAACCUGACAGAAAAGGAAAAAUUGUUAUUCCAGAAAGUGCAAGAGGGAGCUGAAGAUGAAGUUAAGACUUUGCUCAGUAGUGACGAUGUGCGUAUUGAUCCUCUAGAUGAACAUGGAAUGACACCUCUACAACAUGCAGCUUACAGAGGAAAUUACAGGCUGUGCAAAUUAUUUCUGGAUCGUGGUGCAGAUGUUAACUCAAAUCAUCAUGAUUCAAACUACACUGCACUCAUGUUUGCUGGCCUAGCUGGAAAACUGGACGUUGUCAGUCUUCUUUUAGAACAUGGAGCUUCUACGACUGAUGUUAACUCGGUUGGUCGUAAUGCUGCUCAGAUGGCUGCUUUUGUUGGAAAUCAUGACGUUGUAACAAUCAUUAAUAAUUUUAUUCCUAGAGAAGAGGUGGAGUACUUCACUGUUACUCAUGGAUUGGAAAAAGAACCCAAGCUUCCUCCAGAAUUAGCAGCUCCACUCUACAAGUUUGUCUUAAAGACAAAUAUCCAUCCUGUCAAACUGGCACUGUACCUUCAACAGUAUCGGUCUCUUCUAGAAAAUGGGAAGAAGGUAUUAAAGGUCUUGGAACUAAUGUGUGAGAACCAGAUGAAGAGAUCAGACAUUAAUGAGAUACUGUCCUUAAAAUUUCAUCAUUUGGGGUUUGUGUUUAAAAUAUGUGAGAAGUACUACAAAGAGCACAAAGGUGAAAAAGACAAUCCCCAAAUUCUGGAGCCUCUUAUUAAGAAUUGGAUCAAAGGGCGGGAAGAAGAUGGUUUUCCCAUUGUGCUAGAAAAGUUACUUCGUCAGUCUGUGCGGGAAUUUCCUUACCACGAUAGUUCUGUUUUUCAGCAGUUGGUGCGUACACUGGCACCAGUGGAAAUUGGACAAGAGCCCAGUGCCAUCAGCAUCUUGGGUCAAGCCAUCAACGGUCAACGAGGCUAUGAGGAAGCUGUAAUGUGUUCUGCAUGUGGAGAACCAAAGGCAGAAAAACGAUGUUCAAUAUGCAAAAGUGCCCAGUAUUGUGAUAAGUCAUGCCAGAAACGACACUGGUUUACCCACAAAAAACAGUGCCCAAAAUUGGCAACAGAGUACAAGAAACGUGAGGCUGAGAAGCAGGAAGAAGAGAGUACGUCAAAGGUUUCUGAAAAGAAGAAUGAUGAAAAUGAUGUACCAGAGAACUCCCAAGUAGAAUCAAGUGCUGGUGUUCCUCAGGAUGAUGGUGAGACUGUACCCACUAAGAUGCCAGAAGAGUUCUCAGAAAAGUGCAGUUUGAAAGAUGUCAGUUUGAGUGUUGAAUAAAAAAAUAUGUAUAAAGCUGUUCAAAACAUGCUCUUUUUAAGAAAUUUCCAGUUUGAAAAAUAGUGAUUAUUUCACAGUUAUUUGCUUCAUUGUUCUAGUUAGAUUGGGCAAUGUUUAGUUUCUUAUUCUUAAAUCACUGAUCAACUGACACUGUGUUUUUUUUAAUGAAAAAAGGCUAAGCAGUUUUAAAUCAUGGACUAAUUAAUACAAACUGUAGUGGUACUUUUAGUAAACAGAUACCACAGCUAAACCUUGGACUAACUAAUACAAACUGUAGUGCCAUUUUUAAUAAACAGGUACCACAGCUAAACCUUGGACUAACUAAUACAAAAUGUAGUGAGAUUUUUAAUAAACAGGUACCACAGCUAAGCCUUGGACUAACUAAUACAAACUGUAGUGCCAUUUUUAAUAAACAGAUACCACAGCUAAAAUCUGGACUAACUAAUACAGACUGUAGUGCCAUUUUUAAUAAACAGAUACCACAGCUAAACCUUGGACUAACUAAUACAAAAUGUAGUGAG